AGGCGUUUCUUUCUUUCUUCCUUUCCCCGCCACAUCGAAUUCUGCUUACUCGCACAGACAAUGUUCACACAUCACACUCCGCAGCCCAUAUCUGAGGAGUAGGGGCACCGGCGAGGACACGCUUCAGCAGCUGUCCUUUCUAAGAUUGAGCCGCUGGAAGUAAGACACACGUUUUGCCAACAGGGGAAAAGUUGCCAGGACACGUACUUGGUAUCAGAAACAAACUUCGGCGUAUCCGUGUCUAAGGGCCGGGAUACGGCACCCUCGCGGACCGUAAAAAACUGUAUACCACCCAUCGUCGAUGUCCACUAUGGACACCAGCACGGCGCCGCCGCUCGAAAGUUCCUCGAGAACUCUACCUCGCGGGUCACAGUCUCUCAAGACCUCGACGACUCUCGCUCCUUCUGGGAGCAGGAGCGUUUCUCGCUAUCGCAGCGGCACAUGUCCGGUCUACGGGCUGUGAUGCAGCACCGACUUGACCUCGAGAAGCUGCGGUCGGAUCUCGCGUUUGAAUGCCAGGAUCUACUGUACCAGCACGCCCUCGAGUCGCUGGCGCUUAGCCACCAGGCGACGGAGCAGCGGAUGGCGCUGGAGUACGAGCAGCGUGUUAUCAGCGAUGGGAGACGACGGUGCGAGCAGCUCCGGGGAGAGGUAAGGCACCAAAGAGCCGCGGUGGAAGACUGCCAGAAACAACUGGCGGCUCAGGAAAAGAGCCAGGCAGCCGCGAGGCAAGCGUUUGAGGAAAGCUGGGAGCGUUACCGCUUCGAGACCGAAGAGAAACGGCGCUCUUCACAAGAGAACGCGCCGUCGACUCCCCGCUGCAAAGCCAGCGAGCUCCCCCGGUACGGUCGGGGCUCAAGAGUAACUUCCUACCCCCCCCCCCCCACAAAGCGAGUUCGGCAUACCGCGUUUGGCUCGGACGAUGAUUUGAAAGAGCCGAAUUUUCCCAUCUUUGCGAAGCUGCACAAGGUCAACACGUGGCUGCCGCAUCCUACUCCCCGCAACACACCUCAGCCCAGCGGGUCGUUUUUGCCGUAG